GAGUGUUUUAGGGGGGAGAGGAGCCGGACACACCGCGCUGGUCUCUCUGUCUUUGUUAUGAACAGUCGUCUGGACACAGUGACACACAGAGAAAGAUUCACCAUCAGUGCAGGACGGGUUUGGAUGGGUCAGAAAUUUAAGGGUGCUCAGUGUGUCCAGUCAUCCUAACGAGGCUCGUUAAAUAAAGAACAUGCUGCCGCAGAGGAGCGUUGGACCCUCACUGGUUUAUAGCAGGAGAGAUUGUGGAAAGUCAUGCACCAAUGGUGGAGGGACGGUUGGCGGUCCCGGGGUUCGAGGCUCCCGGUCGAAGGCGGAGCUGCAGGAGCUGAUGGAAAGUCUACAGCGCAGGAAGUCGGCGCUGGAGGCUAGCAUACGAGCUAACGCAGAGCGCCACGCCUACCUGGGCCUGUCCCCUCCGCCCAGCCCUCACUCCACCAAAUCGCUGCUGCAGGAGCGUCCGCCGCUCUCGAUCCGGAUCUCGUCCUCGUACAGCCUCAGCACCCCUCCCUCCCCUCGCCAGUCUGACACACACAUCCGGCCCGGCCACCAAUCACAGGACAGCGUUUCGCUCUGCCAGUCCUUCGACGGGCGCCGGCCUGGCACGGCGGGCUCCGGUCUGUCCACAUGGAACGGUUCCACCUACACAUCCGAUGCUUUCUCCGUGUACCGGCGUGGACCCAGCGGCACGGCCAGCAUGCCCUCCAGUCCCAGACUGGUCCGCAAACUCCUGGCGCGAGACGGAGAGGCCGCCGCCGACCCGUCUCCACGCCAGAGGAAGUUCUCCACCGGUUCUCUAAACGGUUUAGGCGAGCACAGCCGCUCCCUCCCCAGACUGUACCGAGGCGACGCGCCGUCCCUCUCCCUCCCGCCACGGCGCUCGGCCCGGCAGAGACGCAGCCUCCCCUCGCUGGAACGCCCCCCGGACGUCACCGUCACCGCGCAGAGUCUCGAUCUGGGCCUGGAGAGGACGCUGUCCUUCGGGAAGGGGGGCGUGGGUGCGGGCAUGAGCGCGGGGAUGGGCCCGCGGAGGGGCAGCAUCAGCUCGCUGAGCAGCAAGGACGAGCUUCAAGAUUACCAUCAGAAGCAGAGAGAUGAGAGGCUGCGGGAACAGGAAGUCGAGAGGCUGGAGCGCCAGCGUCUGGAAACCAUCCUGAGCCUCUGCUCCGAACUGAGCCCGGCGGUGAACGACGACUCGGACGUCUCGGCCAUCUCCGACCUGCAGAAGAUCAACCACGAGCUGGAGAAGCUGCAGGUCUCCGAUGACGAGUCGGUGUUUUUGGAGUCCCUGGGCUCGCCGGCUCCGGACGACGGCUCGCCGGUCAGGGGCGGGGGGAAGAGACGGGCUCAGAGCGGCGGCGGGGCGCGGACCUCGGGGGGUUCGCCCUCGGCACACGUGAAUAAGGCAUCUGAGGAGGCGCAGAUGAGACAGGAAGUGACACGGAUAGAGGAGGAGAGGAUUCAGGUGCUGAACAACGUGGAAGAGUUGGAGCAGAAGAUGAAGGAUCUGGACACACAGCUGGAUGAGUCCAUCAGAGAGAUGGAGGUAGAGAGGGCUCUGUUGGAGGGGGAGCAGGAUGCUGAACUCACCCUCCUGCAGGCGGAAAAAGAGACGCUGGAGAAACUGAACGAGAAAAUGAGCAAAAUGGAGAAAAACACGAGUGCGGCUAAAACUCAGAACACGGCUGCGUUGGAGGCCGAGAGGGUUAAAGUAGAGAAGCUAGCGGAGCUGGUCUCGGAGCAGAAGAUCCAGCUGGACUCGUGUCCUGAGGCGCUGAAGGAACAGCUCCAGAUUCAGCUGGCCAGGGACUCUGAGAAGCUGGAGGCCGAGACGAAGCGGUUCGAGGAUCUGGAGUUCCAGCAGCUGGAGCGAGAGAGCUGUCAGGACGAGGAGAAGGAGAAGCACAAGCAGCAGCUGCUCCGAGACAUAGCCGAGUACCAGCGCAGCAUUGUCACGUGCAAGGAGAAGCUCCUCACCCUGAAGAAACAGUCCACCCAGAUUACCCAGCAGGCUCAGCGGGAGAAGGAAAACUUCCUGAAGGAGAAGAACAACCUGCACCUCAUGCUGCAGCGGGAGCGGGAGAACCUGGCGGCUCUGGAGAGGAAGUACGCGGAGCUGACCGGUGACCGGACCUUCCCCCUCAACCCCGUGUCCAUGAAAGAGCAUUUCCGCUCCAUGGAGGAGAGACGGCGGAACAGCAGCGGUGGUAAGAACGGCGGCGGUCUGCUGAGCGACGGCGCCGCCUCCCGUAAGAGAGAGCGGAGGAGUUCUGGGAGCUUCAGUACCACGCUGGACCGCAGCCUGUCCCCGAAGCCCCACCCGCCGCUGUCUCAGAGCUCCAGCUGUGGCAGCAUGAUCCCCCGUACGCUCACCCUCGCCCCCAGAGACCGGGACGCCCGGCGCCUGCUCAGAGUCGGUCCGCUGUACCUGAACGAGGACAGACAGAAGACGGGCGACAUGAGCGGCCGGACCGUCUCCGAAUCCAACGUCUACCUGGAUCCCUUCCACUACCUGGACAGCAGCGCCAACUUCGAUACCAUGAGUGUGGGGAGUUCUGACAGUCUGGAGACCAGCAUCUCGGCCUGCUCUCCGGACAACAUAUCCAGUGCCAGCGUAUCUAACGUGACUAAGAUGGAGGAGAUGGAACAUCUGCUCAGAGAGGCGCAGGCUGAGAAGAACAGAUUCAUGGAGAGCAGGGAGCGGGAGAUGGAGCAGCGGCGACACGCCCUGGAGGAGGAGCGCAGGAGGCGCGAGGAGCUGGAGAGGCGGCUGCAGGAGGAGACCAACAUUCGGCAGAAACUCAUCGAGAGGGAAAUAAAGAUGCGAGAGAAGCAGAAAACGCAGUCUCGUCCGCUGACCUGCUACCUGCCGGUGAGGAGGGACGACUUUGACCUCCGGUGUCACAUCGAGGGAGUCGGCCAUCACCCCGACACCUGCUUUCACCUGGCCAUCACCGACAAGACCUGCAGAGGCUUCCUGGUCAAGAUGGGCGGCAAAAUCAAGACCUGGAAGAAGCGCUGGUUCGUUUUCGACAGGAACCGCCGGACUCUGGCGUACUACGCAGAUAAACAUGAAACGAAGAUGAAGGGAGUUAUUUAUUUCCAGGCGAUAGAGGAGGUUUAUUAUGAUCACCUUAAAAAUGCACAUAAGAGUCCCAAUCCGUCCCUGACGUUCAGCGUGAAGACGCACGAUCGAGUUUAUUACAUGGUGGCUCCGUCUCCUGAGGCCAUGCGCAUGUGGAUGGACGUGAUCGUGACCGGAGCCGAGGGUUACACACACUUCAUGGUCUGAAGAGUUUAAAUCAGGUUUAUUUGCUUUAGAUUUAAAAAAGACCUGAAUUUAGUGACUUUAUUUUUUUAUAAACACAGUGAAAUUUGGGGAUAUUUUAAUACGUAUAUUUUAAAGGAAUAUCAGAAUGUUUGCGUUACCUAAAUUUCUGGUUUAAGCUUUUGUUUUUAUUUUUUUACUCUCUAAGUGCUGACGCCCGGACAGGCUCCCCCCACCCUACAUGAAUGCAGUUAUUAAGCUAACAUUUAUAACCACUUAUAUAAUACUAUGUACUUUUAUUUUUAUUUACCUCACAUCAUUACCUCGAUAUUCUAUAAGCACAUAUAAGCAUGUUUUAUUUAAAGUGUUUAUUUCUUAAAUACAUACAAGUCUUUAUUUAUCAUGAUUUUAAAGCAUGUGAUUUCUUAUCAUUUUUAUUUAACUGGGUUGUUACAGCUGUGACCUGAUCUAACAGGCUGCACAAAUGCACUCAUAUGGAUGAUGAUGAUGAUAAUAAUAAUAAUAAUAACAGCAAUAAUAAUAAUAGAAUAAAAAAAUCUCCAGCACCUUUACGUAUCAAACGUCGCAGGUUCAGAACCCCUGAUGUGAUCGGUUUUAUUCUAUUUAUGGAUGGAUUUAUUAAAAAUAAAACUAAUAGGUACAUAAUUUAGAUUAAAAUGAGCAGAUCAGCAAGUGCAGACUUUUAUUAGAGCAGAAAUAUUUGAUCUAAACUUUAUUAAAACACCAAACAAGAACCGAAAAUAUUUAAUUCUAAGCUCAGGUUUUAAUAUUAUUAGUUAAUUAUUCUUCCAGUAGGUGGCGCUGUUGCCUCAGCAAGAACAACCUGAAUUCGAUUUCCGAGCCAAGCAGUCCGGGUCCAAUCUGUGUAGAUUUUGCAUGUUCUCCCCGUGUCCUGUGUCUGUGUGGGUUUCCUCCGGGGCUCCGGUUUCCUCCCACAGUCCAAAUUCAGGUUAGUCAGUCAGGUUAACUGGAUCCCAGUUGCACUGUGAUGGAUUGGUGACCUGUCUGGGGUGUUUCCUAAAUCAGACUCACUGCGACCCUGACCACAAUGAAUGAAUCAGCCUGGACUACAUGACUUCUGUUUGGAGGUUUUAGUGAGAUUUUAUUUUCAUACUUUUAUUUUCAUGUUUGUGCUGGACACACAGAUGGACGGUGGUUCUACUGACCAGUACCAGUAUUAUCCUUAUCUACAGACCAGUUAAACCAUUUACAGUGAAGCUGGCUCGUACCUACCACAGCUCACAUCGCUCCCACUAGGGGGCUCUUUCUUUUGUCUCUUCCUCAUCUUCAUCCCCAUCACCUUCUCUUCACAACUCUCACUUCUCCUCUGCACAUGCUCAGAUCAUCUUAAUCUCUCCAGAUCGUCCAACCUGCUCCACCCCUCUAACAACCUCCUUUCUGUUUCUGUCCGUCCUCGUCCUCUUCACCCCUGAUCAGAAUCUCAGCAUCUUCAUCUCAAGUCACCCUCCUCUUAUAGACGAACAUAUAUUCUAAACACGAGCGCAGAAUUAAUUAUAUAAACGUUUUUUGUGUAUUUUGUCAUAUUUUUAUAAGAUUUUCUGUUUUGUAUCCUUGUGACUGAUUUUAUACAGUAAACGUUAUAAAACAAUGAAGUUUUAACCAUUUAAAUAUAUAUUCUGUAAUUAAAAUAAUAACACAUAUGUUAAAUCUUACUGUGCCAUAAAUGAAUGGACACAACUUGAAGUAAUCUGUAAACUGGUUAUAUCAAGUAAAGAGUUUAUUUUAUUUGUAUUUUUAAGCUUUAUAUGUGUGUUACCGCGCUGAAGUAAAGAACCAAAGAACGACAGUAAACUUUCUGUUUCUAAUAUUUUCUGUGUGUGUGUGUGUGUGUGUGUGUGUGUGUGUGUGUCGUGUUCAUCUGCUAAUAUGCAGAAUUAAAAGAG